AUGGCAUCAAAGGAGUCAUCUGAAGCCCUUCUUUCUCCUCCCUCCAUUCCCACAGCAAGGUGGUGGUCUAAGGAUACAGUUGCCAUUGUUACCGGAGCGAAUAAGGGUAUUGGUUUUGCCCUAGUAAAGAAGUUGGCUGAGCUUAGACUAACCGUAGUUCUAACAGCCAGAGAUAAUGCAAGGGGGCAAGAAGCAGUUGAAUCACUCAAAAGACUUGGACAUCAUGUUCAUUUCUUUUGCCUUGAUGUAUCAGACCCUUCAUCCAUCAAACAGUUUGCAUCUUGGAUUAAAGAGAAGUUUGCAGCAGUAGACAUUCUGGUAAAUAAUGCAGCUGUAUCCUUCAAUGAUAUUCAUGAAAACUCAGUUGAACACGCAGAGACAGUGAUGAGAACCAAUUUUUAUGGGCCAAAACUGCUGACUGAGGCUCUCUUGCCCAUGUUUCGUUCCUCGGCUUCUUUUGGUCGAAUUAUAAACAUUAGCUCAAGACUUGGACUAUUAAAUAAGCUAAAAAACCCUAAAUUACGCGACAUACUUAUGGAUGGAGAAAAAUUAUCUGAGAAUCAAAUUCAAGAAAUGGUUGAAUUAUUUCUUCAAAAUGUGAAGAAUGGGACAUGGCAAAACCAAGGAUGGCCAGAAUUAUGGACAGAUUACGCAGUAUCAAAACUUGCUCUAAAUGCAUAUUCAGUAGUAUUAGCAAAGCGUCUCAAAGGCCAUGGCAUAAGCGUUAAUUGUUAUUGUCCUGGUUUUACUCGAACUUCCAUGACUGGAGGAAAGGGAAAAUAUACAGCAGAUGAUGUUGCAGAAGUUGCAGCAAAAUUGGUUUUGCUCCCACCUCAAGUCCUACCAACGGGGAAAUUUUACACAGUCAGUAAUUCUGGUGGUAUUUAUUCCAGGCUGUAG